GUUGUCGCCACUCUGAUGAGUACUAUAUAUAUGCUCAAAAUACGAUAUCCGUGCUUUUAUACUCGUCUAUUUUCUUUGUUGUGGACUCAAUGGCUGGGCAAUAUUACUAGAUUUUAUAACAUAAACAAUAAAUGAUAAACAAUGAAAUUACAUUGUAAAAUCGAGAUUUACGAUAGGACAUUAUCAUUGCAUAGAAAAUCACAACGUUCUAUAUUAGCAUAUGUUAAAGAUUCUGUUAACGAUGAUUUAUGCUUUUAUUUAUGGACACGACAGAACAAGCAAGGAACCAAGUAUAAAAUUACUAACAACAUAAGAAAAAUAUUCAAGAAAUUUAUUACCAAUGGCAAAGCUACAAUAAGCUUGAUAGAACCUUGUCAUGAUCUAAUCAUUCAGAGUGAUGCUAUUCAGUUGAAAAGUUUUCUUAAUAUAAUGAAACAUAUAAUAGAUGGACUUUGUAAAAGUUUAGAUAAAUAUAUUUCUAAAUCUAAUAUAACUUUUAAAUCAAGUGAAUUCUAUUCAUUGCAAAAAGUUGUAGUAAAGAAAAAAUCUGAAUAUCCAAUUUUACAAGGAUUCCCACGAACAACAGAACAACUUGUGUUGAGUGGAUUGGAUAGAAAAUCCUUUGAUCGACAAAUUUUGACAUUACGGAAUUUAAAAUUUUUAGAUUUAUCAAACAAUAAAAUUUCUUUCUUACCAAAAGAGUUGGGCACUUUGCCUUAUCUUCAAACUCUUGAUCUGUCACAUAAUAAUCUUGGAAAAUCAAUUCGAUCUAAAUGGACAUGGUUAGAACAAACUGCACUUAGGAGAAAUUUAUAUUUCCUAGAUAUUAGUAAUAAUUUAUUAACUGACUUACCAGUACAAAUUGGAAGAUUAAAAGGUUUAAAAGAAUUGAAAAUUCGUCAUAACAUGUUAACACAAUUACCACAAAAUAUUGGAACUAUGAAUAACUUAAAAUUAUUGGAUGUGGCAAAAAACAAUUUAUUGUUCUUGCCAGGAACAAUUCAACAUUUGCGAUUGUAUUUUUUAGAUAUUUCAGAAAAUUUAUUUUCAAAAAUUAAUUAUAAUAUUGCAUUUAAUGAAAGAAAUUUAGACAAAGGACUGCCAAGUCUCGUUGAAUUUUCAGCUAGAACUCUUCUAAAAUCCAGGAUAACAUAUGAUGCAAGUUUAAUACCAUAUACAUUAGUCCAAUAUUUAGAUGAAGCAAAAUAUUGCUUCUCGUGCAAAAGUGCCUGUUUUGAUCAUUAUUCAAGGAUUUUAACGCAUUUUUUUCCACUUACAUUUAGUGUUAAUAUGAAAAAUACAUUAAAUCAACAUUUCAAUUAUGAAUAUUACUUUUGUUCUACAACAUGUCAUAAUUUAAUGUCAUUUUCUAAUCGUAAUAUUAAUACAUAA